GUUCUGCGCCAUGGCUGGCGAGCUGGACGAAUGGCUGCGGCACAGCAACGACCGCUUCGUCGCCUCCAUCAACCGCAUCGUGGAGAAGUAUAAUCAUCCUUUUGAAGAUGAUUUUCUUAUUUCCAUGGAAACCCUCACUUUUGAUGCCCCUGACGGACCAAAAAAAUGGGGGGAAGUAUCAAACAAGAGUCUUAAAAAAUGGAAGAAGAAACUACUUAAGCGUCACACAAGAAGUCAAAGGAAUACAGAAAUGUCAAAGCAACAUGCCAGUAGUUUUGAAGAUGGACAUUCGACAGUACAUCAGGUUUUUCCUGAGAAUUCUUCCAUGGAAGUAUCUGAUGCAGAUGUAGAAAGUGAUGCUGAUAUAGUCUCAGUAAGAAAAAGAUUUGAAGACAUCCACUUCCAGAAUCUGGAUGUAGAUCAUGUGAAAACUCCAGAAGUAAAAAUUCAAGUGGAUGUGAUAGUACAAGAAGAUGCAAGAAGAAUUCCCAAGUGGAUUACAGCAGCGCCUCAAGGAUUGUCAGAAGAUCAUCACUUAAUUUCACCAGUGCAACAAAUGAUAGGCAACCAAGCCAGUGUUUUCAGAAAGAAAGUAAAGCUGACAGAUUCAUGUUCUUCAUCCGGGCCUCACCAGUUCCAGUUUUCUGGUGUCCCCAUUUCACCAGAUAUAAUAACUGUACCCAGACUUCAACCUUUUCGAGAAAUUAAUAAAAUUUGCUAUCACAGUGUCUUGGAAGAAUACCAGUCUGCAGAUGAGGAAUGUUCCUGGAGCAAUGUCACUCUUGCAGACUUGUAUCCUGCAAUGGUAGAGACGCUGAUAAAGCUCAUGACAAAGGAGAUUCAGAGAAAAGCAUUUAGAUACAUGUUUGGACACUGUAGGCACAGAAGAUGGUGUCCUAGAAGAGCAAAGCUCAAUGUCACUGUAGACAAAAUAAAGAGGUUCAGACCACUUAAACUGAAGAAAGCACUACCCAGUAUAUGCAGCAGUAGUAAAGACAUCCAGGAUCAAAGUUCAGGAAAUAAUGAGAAUAGUGGACCUUGUGAUGAUGAGUGUUCUAUUAAUAAUUUAUCUGGUCUGGUACCAUAUUCUUACCUAGAUACAAGCGAAAUGGAAAUGGACUGCUUUAAUUCAAGUGUAGAUGAUCAUUUGUUAUUUGGAAAGGGACAAAAAGUUCCUAAUGUUUUGGCUAGAAUGGGAGAGACGUUUGUAGUUGAAGAUCCAUUACCGACUACUGUCUCACUGAAUAAUUUGAAAUGCAACCAAAGUGGUAACUUGGCUUACAAAUGUUCUUUGGAAUACCCUUUUUUAACAUCUACCACCAGUUCAGACUCAACAGUGCUUAAUCUGGCAAAAGAGAGUGAAAGUCAAAAAAUUGAUUGUCCUUCUGAUGAUACUUCAGGAUUUUGUUCAUCUACUUGCUAUUUCAAUGACAAUAGUAGCACUUUUGCACCUGUCACGAAUCGUUCUCUUGCAAGAGUAUCAAAUACAUUUGCCAUAAAACCUCAGAUAAAACAAUCUGAAAGAGAGAGUUCUUCCCAGCACAGACACUCCUUUUCCUCGUUGGAGAGUUCUUCCCAGCGUAGACACUCCUUUUCCUCACUGUCUACGAAGCACAGUCCUUCAAAGAUGCACCAGAAAUCUGAAGAUGCAUUUGAAAAACUCUACUACAAAAUGUGUUCCAAAGAAAUCCAAAAGCCUUUGACAUUGCCAAAACUGCUUUCAAACUCACAGAAGCCUGAAGAGAGAGGACAAUUAAUGAAGUAUAAUUUCAGUGGGUCUGCGAGGUCCAAUAUACAGUAUGACAGAGCGUUUGAGAAGAUUUAUGAGCAAUUGUCUAGUGAGGCAGUUUCAAAACUUCCUGGUUUUCAGAGAGCUUCCAAUUUAAGGAAAUAUGAAGGAAUACAGAUGUCUGAAACUGUAAAUGCUCUUGUUAACUCACCUGUUCGAUCUUUAUCUGCAAUUCCCAGAGUUAAGAGACUAGGAAAUUUUCAAAAUGAUCUUCUUUGUUCACCAGUAAAGAGACUGAAAGAUAUGCCUGAACGUUAUUUUUUUCCAUCAAAAUGUCAGCAAAUUUCUCACAGGAAAAAUGUAAAUCUUCAGACAGGUUGUGUGGAUUUUUUGAGCCCAUACGAUGGCAGUAACAUCAGCUUUUUUAACAGUCACAACUGUCAGAAUCAGGACUCUGGUUUUCACGCUUCUUCAGAUAGAACUUUUCUUGUUAGUCCUGUUACUUCCCUGAAAGAAUCUGGGAUUGCAGAUGCCUGCUCUAGCAGGCAUAGGACAACACAAAAUUACAGCUGUCCUGGAAAUGCAUGGAAAUGCCAUCAAAAGGUAUCAAGAAAACUAAGUUACACCAAUGAAAAAGACUGAAAUCCUAGUAAUCCUUUGGAUGAUGUCCUGGUCAAAAGUCACCAAGGAACCUUCAUGGACUGUUACGGAGAAAACAUUGUUUUAUAAUCUUUGAUUUGUGUUUAUUAUUCUUUUCCAAGAUUAUCCAAAUAGAUUAAUAGAUUUUCCAAAUCUAUUAAUUUAAAUAUUUUAAGCACAAGAUCCGUAGUAUGGAAGAACAUGUUUGUAAUAUACAAUCAGUCCUGAUUUAUACUUUCCUGUAACAUAAAUUCUCCGAAGCUGGUUCCUCCCUUCUGACAGUGUACUCCUUACUCCUUGGGCUUCAAAAGGUAUUGCGAGGAAUCAACAUUCCUUUCUAUGUCUCAGUUUAUUUAAAUUUUGUAUAUGGUCUUGUUUUUCGUAACAGAACAUGAUUUGCAUUGUCUUUUUAUCUGCUGAGGAACUUUGCUUUUGCAUCUAUUAAUACUACGAUUUUAAGUUCUGUGUCUGCUUAAUUCCCACCCACCCCCUUCCUGAUUUAUAGAUGUGUCAGUACUAAAUGCAUGAAAGAAAUCUAAACUGGGCUGGGUGGUCCAAAUGCAGUAUUAUACUCCUAACUGUUAAUAUGCCUGCUAUGCAAUUUUAGUGUGUAAUCUUCUAAGUAGCUCACCAGAUUUGGUUGUACUAUUAAGUGUUAUACAACAUUAGUUUUGAUCUCUAUGUUCUGACCAUGUUCUACCUGACAUAUCAUAUCUUUU